AUGGAAGCGGCCAGAGUGCACCCCGUGCUGAGCAUCCUGGGGAGCAAGUACAAACCGUUUCAUGAAAACUUGUCCAGCAGGACGCACAUAAUUCUACUGCCCGAAGCAAAAACGCUGGUAAAUACCAGCAUAGAUUUAGACUUUAUGAAAAAGCACAUAUGCUGCAAGAGCCACUUAAAAAAUGUGUACGUAAAUCUGGCCGGGCAGUGCAUUGAAAUUGACGCCAAGUACGUUUGCACAGGGUACGGAUUUGAGGAGAGUAGGGUCUGCGAAAUUUUGAAAAUAGAAACGAAUGCCAAUUAUAGAUUUUUGAAAAUUAUUUUUAUUAACAUUCCAUUGGAAGGAGGAGCGUACCAAGGUAGUGCCCCCGCCAGUUAUGUUAACGAUGAGGAUGGGCAGGCGGAUAGGCAGCUAUAUGGACAACCUUAUGGGCAGCCUUAUGCGCAGGCGACCCCCCAGUUCAGUAGCCCCGCGGGGGGCCAACCCAGUGCGAUGCAGUGCAAACACGACGUAACUCUUUUUUUUAACAAAAACGGAAACUGCCGCGAAUUUCUAUACACGCAACUUUUGCAAUUUACCCACUCGUACAUCAUCGUCAAGGGGUUCGAAAACUGCAUUGGGAAAAAAAUCAUCAACAUGGUAGACGACACGCUGAAGUUACAAAGCAGCGCAAAUGAAAAGACAUUUAAAAGUGACAUGAGGGUGCCACUAAUCAAAUACACCUAUUCCUAUCUGUAUAACAUUAUAUGGAAACAGCUAACUAAAAAUUACCAACAAAUAGAACGCAGGAUUCAGGAAAAAAUGAAUUACCUGCGGAAGGACAUUAGCGGAUUUUUAAAAAAGUUAAAUCUAGGAGCCAUCAGCCUGUUCCACGUGGAAACGGUUGCCUUUCGCAUCAAGCAGAUCGAAAAGUGCAACAACCCAAUCGACAAAAUAUACAUCCUAGAUAACAUCAGCAAAAUCAUAUGCGAAAUCAUUUCGUGCACAAAUCAACACUUGAAGAAACAGAAGUUACCCAUUUACGACAUUAACAGUGACAGCCUGAUUACAAUUCUCGUGGCAGCAAUUUCCUUUGGCCAAAUACAAAACAUAAUUAGCCACUCCAUUCACCUGCACAUGUACAUAGAUAACUUAAAGGCCUCCGAAAAAAUCGAUAAAUUGUCAUUUGUCUUCACAAUAUUUCACUCCUCAAUUAUUUACCUCUGCGAUAUGAAGGAGGCAUAG